AUGUAUUUCAUUUCCCAUAGUAAAUUUAUUCAGUACAUCAAACAAAUACAAAUGAUAGUCGAUAUUCAAAAAAGAGCUUGGGUGCAUUCAAGAUGGUGGUUAUUCUGGUUGUGUGCUUGGAUUCCAAUUAUUCUCUUAAUUGUAUUGAUGGCUGUGUUGCUUAGCCGCAGACGUAAGCGCAACCAGCAUCCCCCAGAAGAAUACAGAUACAAUAAUUAUAAUGAACAUUAUACUCCACCACCACAAUCAUAUGGUCAAACACCACCGCCACAACAACCAUACAUGCAGCAACAACCAUACGGUCAACAACCAUACGGCCAACAACCAUACGGCCAACAGCCUUACGGCCAACAACCUUACGGUCAAUCACCACCACCUCCACCUCCACCUCCACCACAAGGUCAGCAACCUGGAUAUGGGUCAAUUAAUAACGAUCAAAAAAAUGUUCAAGAGGAAGGUACAUAUACUAAUCCUAAUAAAGAGACUAUAUAUGCUGAACCAGAAAGUCCACCACUUGCUCAUACAAAAGAAUAG